UCUGAAGACGGUUAUUUGAAAACACAGACUUGCUCCGGUUGGUUCGAACAUAUCCCUCCGCUGUCGUCGUCGUCUAGUCAACGAACUCUCAAGCACGAUCCUAGUUCAGAUCACUGCGUACUCCGGCCACAGAUAGAUACUAUGAUAGAACUGUGGAUAUGGCUAAUCUCCUUCUUCCUAAUCAUGGCCAUUUUCUGCAUAACAUUUUUCCAGAUUAUAUGCCUGGCUGACCUCGAAAUUGAUCAUAUCAACCCGUAUGAUUCGACAUCGCGAAUAAACAAGGCUGUUUGGCCAGAGUUCAUUGCUCAAGGAUUCUUAACUUGCCUUCAUCUUUUAAGUGGCCAUUGGUUGAUGUUUCUUUUCUGCCUUCCAUAUUUAUACUAUAAUAUCAGACUGUAUACUCGGAGACAGCAUUUAGCUUACGUAACCGAGAUUUUCAGUCAACUAUCAUGGCAAAAGAAACAAAGGAUUUGUAAACUUGUUUACCUUGUUGUACUCCUCUGUAUCUCAUUGUUCAGGGCAAUUUGGAACAUUGUUGAAUAACUUGCUUGAGAUCAUGCUGCUGAGCUAAUUGUGAUAUGAAAAUAAGCAUGUACAUGGAUAAAGAAAUUUAGGCUUUGUAUUAUUGCGUGUUUCUGUAAUUUGUUCAGCACUUCAACUGUUUUCUUGUUCAAUUUGAAGAAUUUAUAUGCCUUUCAGUUAUUAUCUAUUUAUUGAUACAUUUAUUCAAUUAAAAAGCUUUAUUUGAACAAUUAUUAUUUGUUAUUAUAAUUUCUUAAACAUGAUUCAUAUUGUUAUAUCUUUUGUAUUGUUACUCAAAGUUAUUCAUUCAAUAUUUUAUUG